AGGGGAUUUCAAUGGGCAACAUGUAGAGAGAGGCAGUGAGAGGCAAUUAAUAGCAAGUAUGUCACUUUACCAGGAAAUGAACAGAGCAAGAAGACAGUUCAAAUUGACCAGGUUACAAAGUGUGACAGCUGGCUCAUCGUGCACUUUUUGAAUGUAUAUAUAAUUGCAACUUUUGGAAAGAUAUUUAUAGAUUGUUGGACUUGCUGAUUUGGUAGACAGUUCUGCUUAACAUAUAUUUUGUUUUUGUAAGCUACUUUAAAAAGGCAACAAUAUUACUGUAUUUUUUUUUGUGUCCAUUACUUUUUUGUUUUUGCAUAUUAAAUUACACAAAUGCAUAUCAACUUACUUUCUGAGAGCAUUUUUCUGUAGCCUGGUCAACUCGUCAGGUUACACUUAUCCCGCAUGACGACGCGCUCAUUGCCUCACGAUUAUUGAAGAAGGAACGAGCGAGAAGUGUCUCCUCUGCAAUUUCUUCUCUGGACUGGAGGGUCAUUACCAGAAUAUCUACGCGGUUUAUAUGCACUUUGGUGGAUUUCGCUUGCAUUGUAAAACUUCCUCAUCUUGCCUUCUGACAAGAAACACGAAAUGAAACCCUUUGCUUCAUUCGUCAUCCAGAUUGCGGUGACGUUCCAACUUCAGCUUUCACCUGCUCAGAUUACGCCCUCAUCCAGCUCAAACAGCACAACUGGAGGUUGAGCACCAGCCAUCUCUUCUCUGGUCCAGAUCCAUCCGGCUGUGGAGCUGCCAGGAGGCAGGCGUGGAUGUGGUUGGGGCAUCCAGGACUCUUGUUAAUGUUCCAGGAGGUGUGGGGUCGUAGUUUCUGCCGGACCAUCGAGAAGCUGGUGGAGGUGGUCCAGGAGUACCCCGGGGAGGUGGAGCACAUCUAUAGUCCCUCCUGUGUGCCCCUGGUGCGCUGCGCUGGUUGCUGUGGCGAUGAGAAUCUGGAGUGCCAUCCUACUCAGACCUCUAAUGUCUCCAUGCAGUUGUUGAAAAUCAAGCCAGGGGAACAGGGUCAAGAAUACGUUGAGAUGUCUUUUGUGGAGCACCAGACAUGUGAAUGUAGAAUCAGGAAGGCUGUGGUGAAAAGUGAAAGGAGGAGACAAAGAGGAAGAGGAAGAAAAAGAAAGGAGAGACAGAGAGUGAAAGAUUGUGACAGGUGUCAGCCCCCUCGCAGGUAACUGCAGUAGCAGCCCCUACACCUGUUGCAACCGGCAUCUCUAUUUAUUCUCUGCCCAGCGCUAACAGUAUCAAGAGUCUUCUAAACACAAUACUGUGUCUCUCUGCACCUAGAGACUCAAUCAGCUGGGUUGUUAUGGUGACUGACAGGCUCUCCAGCCUAGGGGAGUUUUUCUGACUUAACUUCUACAGGAAGCACAUGUUGCUGGGUGAAAAAAACACCUUGGUGACAACUGACCUGACAGGUGUUUCUGUGAAGCAGUGCAAUGGAGGACCAAACUUUUUAAGGUUUUAGACUAACAAUCAUGAUGGAUAUGUUUGGCAUUAUUACAUUAUUAUUAUUGUUUAGUGUUGUUUUUUAUUGCUGUGGUUGUUUUUGCUGGUGAUCCCAUUUAAAAAUAAUAGGUCUACUUAUGAAUAAAUGUUCUAUUCAUGAAAUUGCAAUGUUGUUUUAAUAAAUCUUUAGGACUAACCGACUAACCAAGUACUUGUGGUCCUCUCACGGCACGUAGGUUCCUAAGUAGACUAGAAACUCAUUUUCCCAACUGAAUGAGUCAUAUUUAACUUUUUGUCUUGUGGUAUAAAACUUUGUACAAUCAUGCAUGGACUAUGGAUUAGUACAGUUAGUGCUAUCCUUCGGGGUUGGAUAAGUUACUUUCUCAUUGUAAUCUGUUACAGUUACUAGUUACUGGUCCAAAUUUGUAAUCAGUAACGUAACUUUUGGAUUACCCAAACUCAGUAACGUAAUCUGCUUUCCAUUAAGAGGCAUUAGAAGAAGACCAAAAUAAUCCAUCAAAAGCAUUUGGCGUGUCAUCAUAGUGGUCUCUGACUUGUAGACCGACUCGCUCAGGUGGAACAAACUUAAACUUGCACCUUUUUUCAAUUUUGAAUUGAAUGUCAUUGAGAAAACAGAAAGGUGUAAUUUACAUAUUCACAAACAUCCUUUCUGAAUUUAAAGUAAUCCAAGAAGUAAUCAUCUAGUUUUUCAAAAGUAUCUGUAAUUGGAUUACAAUAUUUUUGCUGGUAGCUGAUUACAGGUUAAAAAAUGUUUUUAAUUUGACUGCGUGUAAUCAGUUACUCCCCAACCCUGCAAGUCUUAGGUGGAGACCAGGAUGUACUGAGCGCUCAGACACUGCAGCAGUAACAGGACUAUACUAGUAGAAUAUCUCCCUCCAGUGGUUACAGAGGGAAUUUUCAGAGUAAUGUAUUUACAUAAAAGACAAAGAUUUGUUUAGUAUUAAGUCACAGGAGGCUGCUGAGGGGAGGACGGCUCAUAUGGCUGGAAUGGAAUGGUAUCAAACAAAUGGAAAACGUGUUUGAUGUGUCCGAUACCAUUCCAUUGAUGACUUUUCAGCCCGUCCUCCCCAAUUAAGGUGCCACCGACCGCCUGUGGAUUAAGUAUAUAAUGAUAUUAUUGAUAUAAUAGGUACAGUUAUAUGUCUAUUGUCUUUUUUCCCAUAGGACAAUGUGUUGGUAUGCCCCUGUGAGUUUGUACUUUUAGGGAAUUAAAUAGUGACAUCAUAAAAGGACUAUGAAAUCAACAUACAUGUAAGGCUAUGCAAUAUACUGUAACAUAUCGUAUCAUUCAUCUUAGUGUUAAAAAACCUGGCACCAAGUCAUUGACCAUGUAGCAUAAUAAUGAAUAACUCCAAAGCAAGUAGACCUAUACUCCAGUAUCAAUGUAAGGAGCUGCAUUAGAACAAGCUACGUUAAACCAAUUUAAGCAACUGACUAGUUGCUGUGAAAAGGGCCUACUGGACCAUAUCAACUCUGUUAAUAUUUUAACCUGCUGAUCAAGACCCUCAGAGUAGGUGGGCUCCUUGUUUCUCUAUUUCAUUUAUAGGCCUGUAACUUCUGCUGUCGUUAUUCCUUGACCUAUGGCGUCAUUGUGCCUUUUCAGACUAGUUUGUCAUUAAGAAAUGCAGUAUGUCAAAAUACAAUGGAUGUUUCUGAUUGUCUCACAGCUGAACCAAAGAAUAAAAUGAGUUGCUGCUCUUGGGGUUUCAAUGUUUUCUAUUCCCCUCUCAUCCUCUCACCUAUCUAUCAAAUAUUGCAAGUCAUUUUACAGUCACACUAAUCCAGUACACUAUCACAUCGCCCUCCACUGUGGUAGGUCUGUCUUUAACAUGACUUUCAUUCUGGCCUUUUUGUGUAUUGUUCAUUGAAUAAAGAAGUGGCACGUGUGUGGGUUGAUGUGUACAUGUACAGGACUAUGAAUGACAUUGAACAUUUGGGAGAGGACAAUUAUUUCAUCGUUUGUGCUUGUUGUGUAUUUUUGUAAACCACUUGAGGACUAAGAUCUCAAAUGUCAUGAAAUAUGACCAAGAACAAAUUUGCUCCUGAGAAGUGUACUGCACGCCUAUCCAUUUUAUCUCAAAAUAAAAUCUGUGAUGUUGUAAUCAAUCAUGAAAAAGAAUAUGCCCAAACCUCUGAGUGAAUAUUAUAUAUUGUAAAUAGAUAUAUAUAUAUUAUAACUGUGAAGCGUGUGCAACAGUUAAUAAAGAAAUAUAGAAUUGUC